AGGUGGCGCACUCUUCUCUUCCUCAGGCGCCUGCUAACAUGCGCCAUAGGCGCUAUCACCGUUAUGGCGCUCCUUUCUUCCGUAAACGUCAAUGAAGUUGCCAACUUACCUUCCGAUGCAUCCUACAAGCUUCCUGCGGUCUCCUCUCAUUUGACUUUAUUUUUUUUUCUAUUUAUUUGUCUUAGUUAUACUGUAGCUUGAAUUGUUUUGCCCUAAUUAUUAGCUAGAUCCUGUGCUUCCUUAUUGCGAUUUAGUCUGUAACUGUUGUAACUGUUCCUUGGCAUUCUAGUGUAUUUAUGGAUUUGUUUGAACUAGCUGAUGAUUAUUGAGAGUUUAAUCUAUAAGUUGUUGUUUCUAGUUCUUAAAUGAAAUCUAGAUCUUGAUUCGGAUGGUGAAAAUUGAAAAUUCGUUUGAAUUGAUGUAGCAACACGAAACCGGGCACCAAAAGCUGAGCCGAGAGCGAAGCUGGAUGAAGGAAUUUGCUCGGCCGCAGUUGUUGAAGUCUCCUGUCACUGCUCACAAGAUUUGACAGUUGGGUGGCGGCGCGAAUACAAGUUUGAAUUUGGACAAGUUGUGGAAGCAACCACCUAAUAGAGACUAUGUACCUUGCAUUAAACCAAGUUCAUCUUAUAAAAGUAAUCUCCUCCAGAAUCUCGUGGUUACCUACUUGUACAUGCAAAUGGUGGUCUUAAUCAAAUGAGAGCAGGGAUAUGUGAUAUGGUUGCUAUUGCACGCCUGAUAAAUGCUACACUUGUGAUUCCUGAGCUAGACAAACGCUCAUUUUGGCAAGAUUCUAGCAACUUCUCUGAUGUCUUUGAUGAAUCCCAUUUUAUCAAUUCUUUAGCUGGUGAUGUAAAAAUUAUAAAAAAGCUUCCCAAGGAAUUGGCAAAUGCCACUAGGGCAGUAAAGCAUUUCAGAAGUUGGUCUGGUGUAGAUUAUUACGAGCAAGAGAUAGCAAGCAUGUGGGAAGAUUAUAAGGUGAUCCGGGCAGCAAAAUCUGAUUCUCGGUUGGCAAACAAUAACCUGCCUCCUGACAUUCAGAAACUACGAUGCCGUGCAUGCUACGAAGCCCUUCGCUUUGCUCCUCAAAUUGAAAGUAUGGGGAAGUUGUUGGUAGAGCGAAUGAGGUCAUAUGGUCAUUACAUUGCUUUGCAUUUACGGUUUGAAAAGGACAUGCUUGCUUUCAGUGGCUGUACCCAUGAUCUAUCCCCAGAAGAGGCUGAGGAGCUAAAGACUAUUAGAGAGAAUAUGACCUGGUGGAAAAUAAAAGAUAUUGAUCCGGUGGAACAGAGAACCAAAGGGUAUUGUCCUCUAACUCCAAAAGAGGUCGGAUUAUUUCUUAGUACUCUUGGUUUCCCAUCAAGUACCCCGUUAUAUGUUGCGGCGGGAGAAAUAUAUGGAGGUGAAUCCAGUAUGGCUGAUCUGAAGAUUCGAUAUCCUAUAAUAAUGAACAAGGAAAAGUUAGCAUCAGUGGAGGAAUUAGAGCCGUUCAACAACCAUGCAUCACAGAUGGCUGCACUUGACUAUAUCGUCUCAGUUGAAAGUGAUAUUUUCAUCCCGACGUAUUCUGGCAAUAUGGCAAAGGCAGUUGAGGGCCAUCGUCGAUUUCUAGGUCACAGAAAAACAAUUUCUCCAGACAGGAAAGCACUUGUUCGACUGUUCGACAAAAUUAAUGGGGGAACGAUGAAAGAAGGCAAAAAUUUGUCAAAUAGAGUUGUUGAUAUUCACAGGGGGAGGCAAGGAUCUCCAAGGAAGAGAAAGGGCCCACUAACCGGAACAAAGGGAACGGAUAGGUUUCGUUCUGAGGAGGCAUUCUAUGUGAACCCUCUACCAGAUUGUUUAUGUCAGAUGGAACCUGCUGCACAUGAGAAUACUACUUUUAUUAUCAAAUAGAUGGUUGCUUGAAAUAUUUCUAAAUUUUAUAAUCUAUACAAAAUGGGUUCACAGGUUUCUCUCCUCAUUUAACCAAAGCACGCUGUUCGUGCAUAUUCCGGUAUGUGGCUGGGAAAAGGUGUCGAUGGUGCUUCUUUACAGUUGAGAAAUCAAGUUUUUUGUAGAUAUUGAGGUAGAUUAGUAGUUAUUCGUAUUGAUGCUAGGGAUAUUUUGUUUGAACUUUAGAAUUUUAUUUUUCAAAGUUCAGAAUGAGUAUUUAAACUUUUGCCUCAACACUUUGUUUAAGAAAUCAAAAGGGGGAGAAUAAAACGAUAAAAAAAAGUUCACUGUUA